CCACAUGUUACCUGCCGUUCUGUGCCUCGCGGGUAAAUACUGCAUGGUAUGCCCAGACGAGGAAUGGGGUGUUGUAGUUUGCAGAUUAGGAGAUAUACUACCCUAUGAACCAACCUACCAAUUACUGUGGAUGUAGGUUCCCGAAUCCUGUUUGGUUCAACUGCUAUAGGCUUCUUGCUGCGCAUAUAGUUGCCCUGCUGCAGAAUAGUACCACUAAUAUGCAGACGGAAGUAUUUUCUCGAGGCUCAGAUACCCCAUCCUAUGCACUACUGUAGCUGUCUGCUUUUAGUUACGGUGGAGAGCCUCAGGUUAAAGAUAUCAUCUGCAGCCUUUUUUGCUAGUAUCUGGAGGUGUGCAAAUAAUAUAUGCCAGUGCCGGCUCUAGAAAUAGGAUUAUGUGUGCUUGCUUUUUCGUCUUAUAACUAUAGCAUCUGUCAGCCCGGAUACGAGCCAAGUACAUAUAUGUUCCUUGCACCCAACUACCGAUCGCUUCUUCUUUCCAUUUCCAUAUCAGUCUUUACAUAACCCAACUCCAACAUGGCACUCUGUUGCAAUUUUCGAGAAAUUUUAAAUCUUAAUACGGAUCUUGACACUUUCACUUGCUUUGCAGGUGAACACAUGCACGAAUUGCGUCAAAGAUGUACAAAAACGAUCGACCCCGAGGAUUACGAGACUGUCCGUCGGAUCCUCCGCACGAUCGACACAUCCCCGAAUCCCGAAGUGAUAUUCCACGAGCUCGGAAGAUUAUCAUCGCUGACGUUAUGCAAAUACCACCAAAACAAUGAUUCGAAACAAAAUCCUGCUCCUUCCAGUGAGAUAUAUUCGCAGUGGAAAACUUUAUUUCAGGAAACAUGGAGAGAUAGAAGAGAGGAAUUGAGAAAGGAUACCGAGAGUUAUAAAACAAAAAAGAUAAAGCAGCAAUUGGAUCAGAUCAAGCUGUGCUUAGAUGAUGAGAAGGAUGAGCAGGUAUUAUUUUCUGUCAUUACAAUUGAUUGGGAUAAACACUAACAAAUACAGAUAUUUCCCAGUAGCUUGCUUCCAACAACGCCAAAAUACCAAAUAUCUUCUCCAUGUAGUCCUCCGUCAUCCAAUGCUGUCUCACCAACCGACACUUCUUUCCUGAAACCAGAUUCCCCGGUUAUCAGACGAGAUACUUUUGGAAAUGACGCAGGGUCUUCGCCUUUUGAAAGUUCGCAAGAUCCAUUGCCAAAGUACCUACUUGAAUCCGACCUCGAUAGAAGACCCUCACUACGCAUCCUUGUUCAAUCCAUACUCCUCCCUUCACCUCCCCAGACUCCGGAGCUACCAGGGGAACAAGAAAUGGACGAAAAUUAUGCAGAUUACAUCAGGGCUUCCUCAUCACGAGGAAGCUACUACUCAGAGAGCUCGUCAAGCUCUCCUGCCUCAUCCCAUCCCAAGCCUCUGAGAAUCAACAGCAGAAACAACAAUAACAAUAUAGAUGGAAACGAAUUUCUCUUCCCGACAGAACUCGCACCACGCAUCCCACCCAAGUCUCCUCUCCGCCCCAAGUCCUCAAACUUCAACACCAAAUUCCCUAUUAUAAAAAUGACCAUCAUCCCGCUGCGUUCCCCAACAAACCUCCAAUCACAGGACCAACACUCGCCAAUCUCUCCUCUAUCUUCUCAUCACUCCAAAAGUUCCUCCUGCUCAUCAACAAACACCAACACCAGCUUCCUCCCCUCCCGCUCAUCCUUCAACUCAUUCACCUCCUUCACUCUCCCCCAACAAAACACUUCCUCAACCCUCUCACCCUUCCCCUUCCCACCAUCCCACAUUCCCAAUUUUCCAGGCCAUGAAAACGCUCAAAAGACAAAUUCAAGCACACCUAAAAUCCGGGCUCCAACACCGACCAGUCCAACCUUCACGAAGCGACCAAAAUUCCUGAUUCAAGAUGAAUACGCAGAAGAUCCCGGUAGUUUCUACCAAGAAGAAGAAGAAAACACUGCAACAGAUUACUUCUCCGCAUCUCUGAACCUAAAUCCUUACCACGCAGUGACCAGCGAGACCUCUGACUUAUGGAAGAGGAGUGAGAGUACACCUCCCCUAUUCCCGCAUCAAAUCCCACCGAAGAGUAUUCGCCGUAGAACCGGAAAUUUCGUCGAUAUCAAUGACAAAGAUUCUCAGCCUCGAGAUGUGUUGAGGGACGAGGGGAAGAGGAUGUCAAAGUACACAUUCACACCACCCAUCCCCUCCCCGGUCAAUGAUCACUUCGAAUCCUCGCUCUUCUGUGGGGUAUGCAGGUUAGCAAGGGGCGAGGGCACAUGUGGGUGUUUGUAUCUGAAUGCGAAAAGUACGAGGUCGAUUCAUACUACGCUUACGGCUGCGCCUUCUUUGACGUUCCCUUCCACUGAGAAGAGAGUGGGUGAGUGGGGACUGGCAGGUGGGAAGGAGGUUUGUAGGGGUGUGAAGAAGUUGGUUAAGGGGGUAGUGGGGAGGUUGGUGGGCAAGGAGGGGAGACGAAGGAAUACUACUUGGGGUGUGGUUGAGACUUGUGAGAAGGGGUUUGUGGGGGAUGCGGCGAUUAGGAGGGUGAGUAAGUAG